ACCCGAUGUCUUUUUCUUUCUAUAGGCGAUAUGCAAGCUCUUGGUAUGGAAAGCGGUGCCAUUGCAGACUCGCAAUUAACUGCUUCUUCAGAAUAUGACAAUAGAUACAGCCCCAAGCGAGCGAGAUUGUAUACCAAGGACUGGGCAAUUCCCGGAAUCGGAUUAGGGCCUGGCGCCUGGGCAAGUUUGACGAGUGAUUCGAACCAAUGGCUUCAAGUUGAUCUUGGUAAAAUCACGCCUGUCACACACGUGGCUACACAGGGAAGGAAUUCCUACUCUCCUGGACAGUGGGUAACGAAGUACAAGUUGCAGUUCAGCGACGAUGGAGCAUCAUUCUUGUUUUACAAGAGACAAGGAGAAUCUUCAGACGCGGUAAAUAGAAAUAUUAUAUUAACAGCAGUCUCAACUUAGCCCGAAAUAUCUAUAUAUGUUAUUUGCCGGCUGGGAGGUCCGUGUGGUGA